UGCAGCAUCCUCAGCACCCCCACUUUCCACGUCCUUGAAUCAAGAGCUAAAUCCCACAGAUAGCAGCUCAGCAGGCAGUCAAAUGGCAUUGUGGGUAAUAUAGAAAACCAUUAACCAAAAUGAAAAUCACCAUGUCAAAAUAUUCGAUGCCACUGAAAAAAAUAUGUUAAUUAUAAAAAAUAAACUUGCAAGAUGUUUGGGGUGAAUUUUUCCUUGAGUGAGAAUGAGUGCGGAAAAUGAGUGAGGAUCUUAUGUUCAGUAUUUUAAAUUUGGCCUGUUGCAACAUGCAGCAAGAUUAAUCACCUCAAAGACACUAUCUCACUUCUCAUCAUACUUUAUUUAAAAAAAAGGCGUGUUUAGUCUCGUAUUUAAAAAAAAACAGGUUGCACAGGUUACAUAAACGAAAGUACACCAGACUUUGGGACAAAGGGCCUUUAUUUUUAGUGUCUUCUUACUUACUUUUGUGUUAAAUUGUGCACCUAGAGCAAUUCGUAAAAUGUUAUUUAGCUUGUGAAAAAGACUGAAGAAAUAAUGAUAAACUCUCUUUCAGGGAUGUUUUUGUGUGCGACUCUCCUGAUUCUCUACAGCUUUAUGGACUCUCAAUCAGAGGCUCUAAAUGUGUUUGGUCCAGAAGUUCCUCUUGUUGCUGUAGCUGGUGAAGAUCUGGUUCUGCCCUGUUUUCUUAAACCCAGUACGAGCGCUGUGGACAUGACAGUGGAAUGGAUCAAACUAGAUGUAGAGCACUCAUUAGUGCAUCUCUAUAAUGAUCAUGAAGACAGAAAUGCAAAGCAGGCUCAGCCCUACAGAGGAAGAACAUCACUGUUUAAAGAGGAGCUACAGAAAGGCAACGCUUCACUCAAACUCUCAGCUCUGCGAGUCUCUGAUGAAGGAAGAUAUAAGUGUCUCGUUGAGGACGAAUCCUGGUAUGAUGACAUCAUUGUGAACAUCAUUGUCGAGGCUCAGGGAAGCCACCCGGUGAUCACAAUGGAGAGUUAUGAUAACUCAGGAGGGAUUAAUCUAGUGUGUGAGUCCAGAGGCUGGAAACCUGAACCUGAGGUUCUGUGGCUGGACAGAGAAGGAGCCGCUCUGCCUGCUGAAGCUACACAGAUACACAGAGACACUGAGGGCUUCAGUGUGAAACGCCGCAUCACUGUUUAUGAUUAUAGCAACUCCAACAAGUUUUACUGCAGAUUUCGACAAAUUCGUCACAUGAUGGAGGCAGAAGUUAUCAUUAAUAGUAAAGUCUUUGAUGCUUGGAAGUUUGCUGUUGGCAUUUCAGUUCCAGCAUGUCUUACUGCUUUAGGACUGAUAGUAACUGCAGCUAUUUUUUACAAGAAAGUGCUGCCGAGACAGAGUGUGGAACGCGAGUUUGCAGCGAUGGAGAGGGUUGUAGAGCCGCAGAGACGGAGGAUAAAACACGUGUUAGCAGAGAUGAAGAAGUUUGCAGUGGAUGUGACUCUGGAUCCUGAUACAGCUCAUCCCAAACUCAUCCUGUCUGCUGAUGAAAAACAAGUGACGUGUGGAGACACAGAACAGGAUCUCCCUGAUACACCACAGAGAUUUACUUCUUAUUACAGUGUUGUGGGAAAGCAGAGUUUCUCCUCAGGGAGAUUUUAUUAUGAGGUGCAGGUCAGAGGGAAAACUGACUGGACAUUAGGAGUUGUGAGAGAGAACAUUAACAGGAAGAGGAUUACACUGACUCCUCAGACUGGAUUCUGGACUGUGGACCUGUGGAAUGAGAAUCAGUAUGAGGCUCUUGCUGAUCCUGAAGUCCCCCUCACACUGAGAGAGAAGGUGGAGAAGGUGGGGGUGUUUGUGGAUUAUGAGGAGGGUCUGGUCUCCUUUUAUGAUGUGAAGUCCAGCUCUCAUAUCUACUCUUUCACUGCUCAGUCUUUCACUGAGAAACUCUAUCCAUUCUUCAAUCCUUGGUACAAUGUAGGAGGUAAAAAUUCAGCACCACUGAUCAUCUCUCCUGUAUUUAACACUGAAUGAAUUUUCACCUCACAGAUUUAAUCAUCUAUUAAAUGGUGAGAAUAAAAAGAAAUAUUUGACUUUUUUGGUGAAUUUUAGAAAUACAUAUUCCCUUUUAAAGUGCUGUACAGUUUAUUUUAAUACCUGGGGUUUAUUUUUUAAUUUUAAUCCUACAGUCUGUUUUUUACACAUUAUGAUUGUGGAACUUUGUCAUUACAAAUCAAAUAUUAAUAAAGAUCAUUUACAGUUCACACUGAGUUUUACUGCAGAAUUGAAUCUGAUCAAUAAAAUGGAUUAAGUUCAGCUGCUGAUGUCUGUGUAGAUAACUGAACAAAACUGUUUCUCCUUCAGACUCCAUCAAACACAAAUACAAUCAAAUUCAGCUUUUAUUUAGAAAUAAAAAUGUCAGGGUUAUUCUGUUCUUUAAAAAAAGAAAAAGAAAUGAAAUGAAUGAAUAAGUGAAUCUUCUACCUGCGCUGUUUUCCAUCAGUAAAUGUUCAUAUCGUAACUGAGAACAAAUUACUUAAACGUAGGAUGACAGAGGGAGCCUCAUUAAUAUUCAUGACGAAGCGCCACCUGAUUGGUCAGUGACACGUUUCGGCUCUGACGUUUCAUGUUGCUGCACGCGACCGUUUUGUGGCUGCUGUGAAAAGUCAUGGUGAGGAGAUUACACUGACUAGUGCAAGAACCAGGAUUAACCACCCGGAAAUACACCUUUUAUUUUAUUUUCUGUUUGAAAAGCCAGCUAGCUCUGCAGUAAAGUGACAUUUUCCUUCUGCUUUCAUCAAUAUUUCAGUCCCGCUGUGGUUUUAUGGAGUAGGUUUGCCACACUGAAAUGAAAAUGAAAGAAUAAAAAUUACAAACAGGUAUGAGGUGUGCUCCGUUAUAACUCGCUAUAAUUCCCCCACACUGCCACUGCAGACUCCAGAUAAAGAAAUAAUACGAUAGUCAUAAGACACGUUUCUUCAUUAAUCUGAUUCAAAUCCAUGAUUGCCUUCGCAGUGUUCUGUUGCUAUAGUGAUGCAGGCGCGCGCUCCCGAGAGGGGAAGCAUUUAAUGACAGGAGAUGCAAAACGGUACAACACGCUCCAGGCUCGAUUGCCUUUGCCUAGCCCUGAGUAACCCGGAUGUUAAACUUGAGGUUUUCCGUGUUGAAUUUUGCAGCCUGAAUUUGAUUGGUUAAAUUUGAGCUCUGAAAUUAGCAACCUGAAUACAAUCAGUGCAAUAUAAACAAAUCAGUCAUUUACAGAUGCACUAAUAAAAACAUACAGGAAAGUCCCAUGAAAAAAUAUUCUUAGAAAAGUUUUAAAUCCGCUGUUUGAGCUCUUUGCAGCAAAACCGUUUCCCCAUUUACUCACUAUGGCUAUAAAAGAGAGAGAGCGAGAGAGAGAGAGAGAGAGAGAGCGUGUGUGUGUGUGUGUGUGUGCGCGCGCGCGCCUGUCACCUCAGUUUUUAGUGAAUGCUCUUAAUACUUGAAAAUUUACACUUUACACUUCAAAUUUUCACUUUGUAAAUAUACAGAAUUCUGAUUUACAGUCUUGUUAAUGCUGACAUUCCUGUUAUGGGAAUAAAACUUACUGUCUCUGAAACAGCUGACUAUUGUUAUACCUUGUUACAACCCCAAUUAGUCUAGGGGGUAUGUGGGGAAUAACACUUAUUUGAUUAUUAAAAUAUGAGUGGUGUGUGGGUAAUCACGGACCAGUAACCAGUAGUGCAAAACAACCCAAGUGAUUUAUUUAUCAAUAUACAAGUAGUGAAGUGUGUAGUGUCGGGUGAGAGUGAUUAUAUUUACAAACUAUUUACAGUAAGACAGAAAAGGACACCAAAGAGGAAAAAGGGACGCGAGCGGCACCAAAGCAAAGAAAUGAACAAAACAAAACAAGUCUACCUAUUUAGCCCUCUAACCUAACUACAAACAAAGAUAGAAAGUAAAUCUUCAGCGUCCAGGACACUCUAACUACCUACACUAUCUAGCCAAACCAAAAGUACAGAGGGUGGUGCUCGCUCCUAACCUAGUGUGUCUAAUACAAAUAAAACGGACCUCCUGCGUGCUGCACCAUGUAUGUCACGUGACGUACUUACCUGUCCCCUUUUCCCCAACACUAACAGAGUCACA